AGCGCCGUUGUAAAUAACAAAUGGUUCAAACACGUUUUAAAACGGAAUUUCUUUAAAAAGCAGCCACUACACGGAAUUCUGGAAUCGCCUCGGUAUUGGUGUUUCGUGUUUCCACAGUGUGGAAUCAUUAUAGUGACAGGCAACGUGCAGUGGUGCAUUCCAAGCCACGAUUCAUCGUUGAAUGCGUCACGCGUGUGCAUGAUCAUUGAGGAGAGCAAUUAAGGAAAGAGCGAGCUAAGAAUUACACAUUGCCAGGAUGCAAUUGCGAAAGCAAGAUUACCUCGCGUUACAUCUCCGCUUACGGCUCGCCUAGCUCCUCAUGCUAGUCUCGUCUUCCGAAUUGCUUGAAACACAGCAUGAAGGAGAUGCUUGGAGGGUGCUGCGUGUGUUCUGAUGAGAGGGGUUGGACUGAAAAUCCAUUAGUGUAUUGUGAUGGCCAAGGUUGUACCGUUGCUGUACACCAAGCUUGCUAUGGUAUCGUUACGGUACCCACAGGACCAUGGUAUUGCAGGAAGUGUGAAUCACAAGAACGUAGUGCUCGUGUGCGCUGUGAAUUAUGUCCAAGUCGAGAUGGAGCUCUUAAGAGAACAGAUCAAGCCGGAUGGGCACAUGUGGUCUGUGCUCUUUAUAUUCCAGAAGUUAGAUUUGGUAACGUAACAACAAUGGAACCAAUUAUUCUACAAUUGAUACCAUCUGAAAGAUUCAGUAAGUCAUGUUACAUUUGUGAAGAACAAGGAAGAGGUAGUAGAGCAAAUGUAGGAGCCUGUAUGCAGUGCAACAAGACUGGCUGCAGGCAGCAAUUUCAUGUUACUUGUGCUCAGGCUCUUGGUUUGCUCUGUGAAGAAGCUGGCAAUUAUUUAGACAAUGUAAAAUAUUGUGGAUAUUGUCAACAUCAUUACUCAAAAUUGAAAAAAGGUGGUAAUGUAAAAACAAUACCACCUUAUAAACCAAUACCUGCUGAUAAUGGUUCAUCAGAUUCAUCUCCUGAAAAAGAAGCAGAGACCCCAAUAAAAUCUUCAUCAAGUGGUAAACGAAAGAGUUCCAGCUCUAAAUCUGCUACAAAUUCUAAAAACAAAUCAAAUACUAGUCCAAGUCUAGAAAUAAAUGGCAUUGCUGAUGAUAAAAGCAGUAGCGGCCGUAAUACACCCAAAGACAACACCACAAAUUCCAGUAAAUUCACCACUUCCAACUUCGUAGAAACGAUUGUCACUCAAUCGGAGAGUGUGUUUGGACAUGACGGAACAACGUCCACCACUGCUACUAUGGCAACAACAAUUAAAUCAGGAUCAAAUUCAAGUUCUGGCCAUAAAAAUAGUGGACAAACGAAAUCUAAUUCUUCAUCAUCGAACAAGACUUCGAGUCAUAGUAAAAAGAGAAAGACAGGAGCACGAACACCGACUGUAAUAGGAAACGAAAAUUCAAAUCAAUCGGUCAGUUCUGAAGCCAGUGGUUCAGUUGUGGUUGCCGUCAGUUCUGUUAUGCAGCAAGCUGUAUCAAGUAAUAAUGUACAAACAACCAUAACUGAAGCUACAAGCUUAAGUACGACCACUGAACCAGAAAAAUCAAAAAAGUUAAAGGUGGAAAGUCCCAUUCAAUCAUCAUCAAACACUCCAGUCACUACCGAAGUGACUACUACACCUGUGAUAAUGGCAGUAACACAAUCUCAAUCAUCAAUUGUUACUCAGUCACCAACAACUACUUCAAAUAGUAUAGUAGUAUCAGUUCCAUUGACUGCAACUUCAUUAUCUAGUACAGUACAGAGUGUGGUAACAAGUGCUCCAACUCUAUAUCAACAAUUGCAACAAAGUAUCAUAACUACCGCAGCCGCUACAGAAGCCAGAACGAGUGCUAUGUCGAAUUCAGAAAGAUUUAUCACAGAAGAAACUCCAGCUAAAAGAUCUCGUUCUCAAUCAUCAGAUAAGCAAGAAAAACCUCGUAAACCAAAACGUGGGUCAUCAAAUAGUCAGCCAGCAUUACCACAAGUACAACCACAAACACAACAACAACAAUCUCAAUCGACCGCUUCAUCUGUAGUAACAUCAGUAUCUAGCAGUGCAGUAGUAACAACAUCCAAAAGAGGAGCAAGAAGUAAUCAUCAAACUCCUCCACCUGCUGUAACUGUCGCACCUGUACCAUCUAUUAUUCAAGGACCAACACUGAGCAGUGGGCAUUUUAGUAGUAUUGGCUCUAGUUCUACGAAUACCAUGGGUCCUACUGUCAAAGAAUCUCCUCCAAGUAGUCCGGGUUCUGAAAGUAUGAGUAGUAAUGGACCAGGAAGGAGAAAAAGGAAAAGUGCGAGUGCGGCUUCUACAACACCAACACCUUCUGCAUCUAGUACUCCAACACUUACAAAUCCGAAAGAAGAAAAAGAUGUAAAAUUAUUUCAGAAUGGAGUUAGUGCACCACAUAUGUUAGGAAAUCAAUUAAAUCCAACCUCUACAAUGGCACAAAAAAUGUCUGAUACCCUUUCCCAAGAAUUAGAAGCUCAUUCUAUUUUUACAGAAGCUAGUAAUUCUACAACAAAUUUAGUUGGUCCACAAUUACAUAGUCGAGUAAUUGCAUCUAUACGGUCCAAUCAAACAGGUGCACCGCCUACGUCAUUUUCUUCGGUUUUUAACUCUUCUAACAAUACAAACACUAAUACAAGCACUACCACUAAUGCUAGUACAACCAAUACCGGUUCUUUAGGCGGUGGAGCAAUACCCCAAACACUUGACCAACUUUUAGAAAGACAAUGGGAGCAAGGAAGUCAAUUCCUGAUGGAGCAAGCCCAGCACUUUGACAUUGCUUCUCUACUUUCUUGUCUUCAUCAAUUGAGAGCGGAAAAUCUUAGGUUAGAGGAACAUGUAAAUAGUCUUCUGCAAAGAAGAGAUCACCUAUUGGCUGUGAAUGCUAGACUUGCAAUUCCUUUGACAACUCAACCUAGUGCACACCCAGUGAACAAUAUACAUCCAACAGUCAACCCAUCGCACCCCAAUGUCCCACAUCCCGAUGUUCCACCAGGAGCCGCGGCCCCUGUUCCAAGAGUUACUAGGGAACCACGAGUAAACAACACAUAUAUGCCUCAUUCGAGUUCCAGUAAUCAUUCUACGACGUUAGAAAAUGGUUUACCUCCAGAUCCAUCUCCUCCAGCUGCAGCUUCAUUGUCACAAUAUCAGCACCGAACAUCGUUAAUUGCACCUCAGCCAAGUCCAACAAUCAGACACAGCCCAGCUGGAAAUGCAUAUCAUCAAGGACAACCUAGUAAUAUAGUAUCUCCGGCACCGGCUAGUAAUUCUAGUGUAGUGAGAAACUCAUCUGUUACACCAGAUCCUCUACGUGGAGUACCAAGAUCAGUGCCACAAUCAUCGAGCAAUUAUAUGCCUUCAAUGUAUCAACCUACGAUGUCGAGUCUGACAAGUAAUCAAGUAGGUAAUGUUCACAAUCUUCAUUCUCAUGGACCUUCUCCACCCAGUCAUGGACCACCAGGAAAACCCAGCUGAAGAUAGGUGGAAAGCAAGGAAAAGUAUACUGCGUCCGAUGACAGUAGACGCGGUGAGGUGUCAUCGCCGUCCGAGGCGUGCUACCAUCUUUAAAAAUGAACAGAGGGAAGUUGUUUAUUCUUCGUGCUUCUUUGCUAAUUGGUUCGAUCUUUGAUUGGUCUCUGAUCAAUAAAUGUGAUCAGUUUGAUAAUUCAGUAUCUAUUGACUGGAAAAGUAAUAUAAAAUAUUAAUCAAAAGAAAACAUUUGCAUUUAUCAAUAAUUGUAAUUCACAUUUUUUGUUUUUUGGUGAAUUUCGAGCAAUUAUCUAUCUAUUCAAAGUUAGAUUAGUUCUAUAAUAAGGAUAAUAGAGGCCUUGCAAAUUCGAACGAAGAAGCAAUUUAGAAAUAGAGAUUUUUUUCUUUCUUUUUUUUCUUUUUUUCUCUCUCUUUCUCUCUUUUUCUCUUUCCUUUGGUUGCACGUCAUCGAGCACGUCUGAGACAAUCUUAACAUCAUCAUUAUCCAUCAUUGUCAUCGAUAUUGUAUGAUGAUACAGUAAAUCCGCAGAUGUACAAAUUGUAGAUUGUAAGUUAAUCGCGACUAAUAGCAAUAAUGAUUAUGAAGUAGAUGUACAUUUUACAAAAAAAAAAGAAAUCAUGUGUGAGUCUGGUGGUACGACAAGGUCACUCAUUUUUUCUAUAAAGACAUCUUUUUCUAAAUGUUUCACUAUUAUUUUAAUAGAAAUUUAUUUUGCGGAUUUCUUUUAAUGAGCUCGCAAAAGAUAAAAUUAAAAUUGUAAAUAUUUUGUAAUUGACCCAUUUCACGACCUAAUCGAUGUAUAUUUUAAUCUUAUAUGUAUAUAUAUAUAUAUACGUAUAUAUAUAACGUACAAUAUACUUAGCAUAUAAUUUGAGCACUGCCUUCCAUCAAUGAAAUGGCCGUGAAAUGGGUCGAAGAAGUUAUUUUUAUUCAUAGAAUAAUGGUUCUUAUGGUUUCUUCAGAGCGGUUAAUCGAACUACGAUCAUUAGAUGGGAAUUAAGAAAAAAAUUGAAGUUAUAUCUAAAUGGAAUAUUAUUACGCGCUUCGUUUUCGCAUAAAAAAUCCAUUUGCGAUUAUUCUUGGUUAUAUCUUGCCUUUUUUAAUGGCAGCACAUUUUAUUUGGAUUCUUAUUCUAUCAAUAAUAUAGAAUUUCGACUUUUGUCGAUAUGAGAGACGUAAUCAAAAAAAAAAAAAAACAAAAAAAAAAAUAAUUUUAGCUCGAAACUAGAGCUAUUUGUAUUAAUGAAAUUCUAUUCGUUAAAAAUUAAGAGUUAUAUACAAUAAGGAGAAUAAUUUUUUGUCUCUCAGUUCGUCAAAAUAAAAAAAAUUUCAUUUAAGAAUUAUCUAUAUUUUAAUGUUAAAAUAUGAAUUUAGUUUUGUUUUUUAAUUAAUAUUUAGCUAGUAAGGAUUUUUACACUAAUCUUUUUUAUUCUGUUGUAGGAAAUAAAAUUUUAAAACGAAAAAGUCAAUGUUACCAUGUUGUGUUCUCAAUUGGAAAGUAUUAUUUUUAUGGACGGACAAUUUUCGAUAAUGAAAAAUAAUGAAUGUUCAUAAGGAAUCCAGAAAAACCACUAGGCUUACUUAGUAUGAUAAAUGUGGCAUCAAGCGUUCACGUCACCACUCAGGGAAAAUCGAUUUAUUAAAAUUCUAUCGAGUUUUCUUCAUGUACAUCAAUUGUAGCGAGCACGAACACUAUUUCAUAUCAUACAUUUUUGAAUCCAAAGAAAUUAUUUUACUUUCUUUAUUUCUUCGUAGUACUUAAGUGUCAAAUAAUAAAUUAUUCGAGUAAUUUCAUCAAACAAAAAAUAUUUAAGCUUUUUAAAAAUUUUUUUUUUAUUUAUGAAAAUUUAUAUAUUAUUUUUAAAGUGUACGGUAGCAUAUAGUGUUCAAUGCUACAAUAUGAAGAAAAUAAUAUUCAUAAUUGGUGAUUUAUAGUCGAAAGUAUGAAAUGGUUUCCAAAAAAAAAUCAAGUGAUUAUUGAAGACAACAGUGUGUUUUUAUCGACGAAGAAUAUUUUAUGCGUUUAUUAUCUCAAUGUAACGUUGCUGUACUUUUUUAAGAUAAUAUACAUUAUGAUAGAAGGGCAAGAAAGAAUGAGAGAGAAGAAAGAGCAAAAAAGGCGAGAACAAAGCGUGUAUAAGUGAAGUGUUAAAAACAGAGAGCAGUUAAUGAUAAUGAUAUUUUUACACAGCAGACCGUGCCAAAUUUUUGCAAUCGAAUCAUUGAACUCCCUUGAAACUCUUGAGCAACAUGUGCCUAAGUAACUGUUGUUUAAAAUCUUGGGACUGGAAUUGCUUUAUAUGAUGGAAAAUGAAAAAAAGAAUGAAAUUUAAACAUUGCUCCUUUUUUUUUUUUUAUGCUCUCAUUUAUUUUGUGUUCAUUUUUUAAAAUUCUUCGUGUACAAAUAAAUUAUUGUGUUCCUAAUCCGCAGUGGAUCGACUGUCAGAGAUUUUUUUCGUUUGAAAAUUUAACUUUAAUUUGACCAAAGUCUUUUCUAAUUCUAGGCUGCAUUGGAUUUAUAUAGAAUGGACAAAAAAUAAAAACUGAAAUGUUUUUAUGCUUAAAAUUACAAAAUUCUUUUUUCGGAUGAAAAUUAUACCAAGACUUUCGAAUAAACGAAAAUUUUUUUGUUAAAUUUUGUAUAAAUUCAAUGUGAGUCUGUUCAUUAGACUUUUCUAUUCGCUUGUAGUUUAAUUGUAAACUUAAAUAUUUGGUACCUAUAUAACUUAUGUACACAAGAAUCGUUUAGGAUAGAUACGGUGUAUCAUUAGAUUUGUUCGUAUUAAGGACUUUGUAUGCUCAUAAUAAUAACAAAAUAAUUAUUCAAAAAUCAGCGAAACAAUGAGCAAAAACUAUUUAUUGGAUAAAUUAAUUGCAGACUGCUCGAGUGCACUGGAAAGAGACCACGUAGUCCCAUUGAUGAGAUAAAAUCAAUUUAUUUCCCAGCCGUGCCGACAUAAAAAGACAAUUCAGACAAUUGUAAAUCAUGAAAUCACAAUGUCCAAGCGGCAGCAAUGCUUUGAUUGGCCGAAAUAUUGGCACAGAUCGUAUUGUAGCAUUUUGAUACUCGAGAUCUCUUCGCUAAGAAUCAUUGUUGGACAAUUGAAUGUGUAAAAAGAAAAAAAAAAAAAAAGAGAAAUGAAAAAAAGAAAAAAAAAAAUAUGUGUGCAAGUGAACCAAACUUGUCGCCGUUUGUGAAGCGUGUUUUCAUUUUUCUACGAGAAUUAGCUAAUAUCCCUCCCGCGUCUCUGGACGAACGAACAGACAUAAGUAAUUCAUUGUAAAAUAAUUGUAAUACAUAAAGAAGAAACAAUAGCUAGAGAAUGAGAAGGAGAUGAAUUUACUUCGUCUCGAUUCACUUGUCGGUUUUCCCAAGAAGCGUGCCGGUUUAACGUGAAACUUAUUGUACUAGAUAUUUGUAAAAAGAUUGAAAAUCAAAUAUUUUCUUUUUUUUUUUUUUUUUUUUUUUUUUUUUUGGGACAGCCUACAAGUUACAGAAAGCGCUAGCUAUUUGUGUAAAAAGAUGAAAAAGUAUAUCGAGAGAACACUUUGAAGGCUGCCGCGUCCUCCGGUAAUCUUUUGUAUAUUUUCAAGUGAGAAAUGAGCAGCUAAAAAUCCGGGGCUGCUCCGUGGCUAAUUUAUGGCUUCAAAUUGUCCUCGUGUUAUAUACGUUUGUAUCGUACAUCUAAGGAAAUAAGGAAAAGGAAUAUGUCGAGCGAAAUGCCAUAUAUGUUUCCAUAUAGGUGGAAAAANUU